AUGACUGCCACAGGCACAGAGCAGCAGCCGCCGCGGGCGCAACACUCUGACUCCCAGCAGCAGGCGGCGGCGGCCGCGGGGGGCCGUCCGCCGCGCCCCAGCUUCUCCCCGCGCCGCUUCCAGAGCAGCUGGGACGCCAAGGAGGCGGGGGGAGGGCGCAGCGCCGACUCGGAUUACUUGUCGGAGCUGGGUGCUGCGCAGCAGUACAACAUCAACGUUGACCAUGGGCAGACCGCGGGCAUGAUUGAUUCCAUCUUCACCGGAAACGUGCUGGGACACAAAUCGGACAUUGCAGACGGCUCCCUGCGCACAUAUGAGUUCCGCACCUACAAUAACAUCGUAGGGGACUACUACAUCGCGCCGCGCUUCCUGGAGAAGAUUGCGCUGCACAUCGCCAAGAACUUUCUUCUCGAGUUUGGCGCCCUUGACUCAGCAACCCGCGUGCCGCUCAUCCUUGGCAUCUGGGGGGGCAAGGGCCAGGGCAAGACUUUCCAGACUGAGCUGUGCUUCAAGAAGCUGGGCGUGGAGCCCAUCAUCAUGUCGGCUGGGGAGCUGGAGAAUGAGUGGGCAGGCGUGCCCGGCAAGCUGAUCCGGGAGCGGUACAGGCGCGCGGCGGAGGUGUCCAAGGUUCACGGCAAGCUGAGCUGCCUGAUGAUUAAUGACUUGGACGCCGGCAUCGGACACUUCGAGAAUACGCAGAUCACGGUGAACAACCAGAUGGUGGUGGGCACGCUGAUGAACAUCUGCGACAACCCCACCCGCAUCUCCAUCGGCCAGGGGUGGAUGGAGAACGACGUCACGCGCCGCAUACCCAUCAUCGUCACGGGCAACGACUUCUCCACCAUCUUUGCGCCGCUGGUGCGCGACGGGCGCAUGGACAAGUUCUACUGGCAGCCCACGGAGGAGGACCUGGUGGGCAUACUGCACCAGAUGUACAAGGAUGACGGCCUGAGCGAGAGCGACAUGGCGGCGCUGCUGCGUGCCUUCCCCGGACAGACCCUCGACUUCUUCGGAGCGCUGCGCUCCUCCACCUAUGACGGCCAGAUCCGGCAGUGGAUCAAGCAGGACGUGAUCCACGGAGAGAUUGCGGAGGACAACCAGAACAUGCGGGAGCUGGGGCGGCGGCUGCUCCGGCAGGAGGACCUGCCCCAGUUUGAGCCCGUGGACCUCACGCUGCUCAUGCUGAUGGAGGAGGGCCGCCGCUUGCAGGCGGAGCAGGACAUGGUGAACAGCAUGCGGCUGUCGGAUGAGUAUCUGAAGAAGCAGCGCAAGGUGGGGCGCAGCAUGAUCGGGCUGAGCGGGUGA